AUGGCUAGAAAGAGGGGCAAAGUCUCGCAUAGGCAGCCCGAGGCUGAAGAAGUUGAUCUUGAUGAGGUUGACGCUUUCAAUGAAGAGAGGGAGAAGAUACUGCUGAAUGAAUCUGGCAUACAGGACAGACAUCAAGAUGAACAAGAAGAUGAUCAGGAGGAUGUCAUGUCUCUGGGUGAAAGUGAUUCGGAGAAUGACUUCGACUUCCGCAAUAACAGGCAUAUGGAUGAGGAAGAAGAGGAUUAUUACAAGAGCGAGUCUGAAGCCGAAAAUGGUGACGAUGAAGACAAGUGGGGCUCAAGAAACGACUACUAUGGAGCAGAUGACAUUGAGGAGGAAGAAGAUGCCAAAUUAUUAGAAGAGGAAGCGAUCAGGUUACAAAAGAAGCACCUGGCUGAACUGAACAUUGACGAUUUCAUGGAUGAGGAUUACGAUGAAGGUUGGGAGAAGAAGGCUGUUGACGAGGGUGAAGAAGUCUCCGAGCCGGUUUCCGUUACCAAUGUCAACGACCUAGACACGAAAGAACGUCUAGAGCUUCUAAAAACCGCAUAUCCAGAGUUCUUACCCUUGACAAGGGAGUUCUCUUCUCUCAAGCCUGUCUGGGAGCAGCUGAAGUCCAGCCAAAGAAACGAAGUGGGUAAUGUGAAGUUCACCGCCCUGUCCACGUAUUUGGGCACUAUCGGAACCUACUUGGCUACAUUCAUGUACAACCUGGAGUCAGGUGAACAGUUCUCGAUGAAGGAUGAGCCUGUCAUGGAGGGUAUUCUACAUUCGAGAGAGAUUUGGAGGCAAGCGAGUGAGUUGCCAGAUAUCGAAGUAGUCAAGAAGACCGAUAUACCUUCUGACUACAGUUCUGAGUCGGGUAUCUCAGAUGAUCAGGGUGUGGAUGUUUCGGAAUCAGAGUCGGGCUCUGAUUCUGCCAGUGAAGAUGUCGACGAUGAGGGCGUGGAGUCUGAUAACUCUGAUAUUACGUUUGACAUAUUGAGCAAGAGAAGAACCAUCAAAGCAUUGCGUGCCAAAGGAGACGAUGCUGAUGAGGUUGACCAGGAGGAGAAGAAAGGACGCAGAAAGACUCUUCGUUUCUACACAUCCAAAAUCGAUCAAAAGGAAAACAAAAUUGAAGACAAAUAUACCGGUGAUGCUGAUAUACCGUACAGAGAGAGGCUUUACGAGAGACAACAGAAACUUAUUGAAGAAGCCAGGCUCAGGGGUGAGAAGGGCAACAGCAACGCUCCAGGAGUUGACCUUGAUGAUAACGAAUAUGAUUCCGCUGACGAAGCACUUUCUAAAAGACUUAAUGAGGAUGCCGAUGAGUCUUACUACAACGCUGUGGCCUCUGCUAGAAAGGGUAAGACAGAUGCCAGACGCCGUGCUCAUGAAGAAGCAGUCACUGCUGCUAGGGAAGGUACUCUCGCUGAGAUCGAAAGUGGACUGGGCGAAGCAGGAAAGCGUGCGAUUGGCUACCAAAUCCUCAAGAACAAGGGUCUUGGAAAGUCGAGAAAGAAGGAAAACAGAAAUGCCAGAGUCAAGAAGAGAAAGAAGUACGACAAGGCCCAGAAGAAGCUCAAGAGUGUCCGUGCUGUUUACACCGGGCAACAGGGAGCUUACAGUGGAGAGAAGACUGGUAUCAAGAAAGGUCUUGCAAGAAGUGUCAAGUUGGCUUGA